UUUGAGAAGGGGCGUUCCCGUCAAAGGCAGUCUUUGAUGGCGAAGAAGGAGAUAAUGAGAAAGGCAGAGGAGUUGGUAGAGAAAAGAAUGAAAGGAAACGAUGCUUCACAUGAUGCAGCCCAUGCCUUCCGAGUUAGAGACCUUGCCCUUUCACUUGCUCGCGAAGAAGGCCUUUCUUCUUCUCCUCAUUCCAUGCUUAUCGUGGAACUGGCUGCUCUUCUACAUGACAUAGGUGACUACAAAUACAUAAGAGAUCCAUCUGAGGAAAGGAUUGUUGAAGAAUUUCUUCAGGGUCAAGGCAUAGAGGAAGGAAUGAAGAUAAAGAUAUUGAAUAUAAUAGAGGGGAUGGGUUUCAAGGAAGAAGUUGGAGGGCUUACAAAUAGGAAUUAUUCAAUAGAGUUUGGGGUGGUGCAAGAUGCAGAUCGACUGGAUGCAAUUGGUGCAAUAGGAAUCGCCCGUUGCUUUACUUUUGGUGGAAGCAGGCAUAGAGUUCUCCAUGACCCAAAAAUUCAACCUCGAUUGGAUCUGUCUAAGGAAAAUUACAUGAAAAAAGUAGAGCAGACAACUGUGAAUCAUUUUCAUGAGAAGCUUCUCAAAUUGAAGGACUUGAUGAAGACAAAGGCUGGGAAGAAAAGGGCUGAGAAAAGGCACAGCUUUAUGGAGGAUUUUCUGAAGGAAUUCUAUGAAGAGUGGGAUGGGAGGGCUUAAAUGAGGUAGCAGUUUUCCAGUUGAUGUUUGGAUGUUCCUAAACCGCCCUGUUUUAUGUAAUGGUGUUUAACUGUGCGUCUGCGCGCAGAGUUUAAAAAAGAAAGAAAGAAAGACCAUGGUCUAAAAAAAGCCAUAGAUAUUUGUGUGCCUAUAAAGUCAGAUGAGAAGUUUAAAGUUAACGUAUUUCUAAAUAUAAAAAGAUAUGUGUCCA